AUGGGAGUCAGGAUGAGGGACAUCCAGGAAUCCCUCAGCGUUCUGCUGCUCCGGGCCGAUGCCCUGGACCAGGCUAAACACAAGUGUCCCAGGGUACUGACUAAGACACAUGCCUUCGACGCUUUGCUGAGACCGAGCCUGUCGGUGAUGAUGCUGUGGGCCCAAGGCCACGCCCUGGCCUUUGACAUAAAGGACCCAGACAACUUCAAGAACACCAACUCGAACGUUGAAGGGAUGGCUCGGGUAUUGGACAUCGUCUACAGGAGUUGCAACUCUUCCCUUCCUCACCACGUGGCCAUCUUGCAGGACAACUGUUCUCGAGAUUGUAAAAAUGGGUUGUUGCUUUCCUGGUGCAUCAAACUCAAAGUCCUCGGGGUUCUCGACAAGAUCUCCCUGCUGUACCCUGAAAAAGGGCAUACCCAUGGGCCGCUGGAUGCCCUAGGCGGGCAGGCAGUUGUCAAGUGCUCCAACAGCGAGUUUAGCACACCAGAUGAGCUGGUGUCCCUGUACACUGGAUUCCUUCAGGAUUCCAAGGUGGAUGGUGGUGCAUCUUUCCGAGGCGACCAACAAGCCGACUGGAAGAGCUGGUGGGAAGAGCUUGGCUUGGUUUUUGCAAACCUAACAGGAAUUUACCCGCGCAAGAACAUCAAAGACAAAGAGAAGGUCAUAGCCAAGGCCCAGCAGGAUGCUGCUUGUGAAUUCUUGGUCAGCUGGGUCAAAGGCACACUCAGACGGCAUCCAAGACCUGCCCAGUACGAGUUCUUGAACCACAGGUUCGUUGAUGAUGAUGGCGGCCCUCCUGUUCCUGCAAGAGAGAUGCCAGCCGAAGUUCGACCGAUACGAGUGCGAGCAGAAUCGGGAGCACAACUGCCAGCGGACAAUGAGGAUGAUGAGGAUGCAGAGGAUGAAUGA